AUGUCAACUGCUGAAGUUCAAAAUAAACCUGAUCCACCAAAAUAUGAACCAAAUCCUACUAUAACAUCAACUUUGAAUAAAAAUUAUACAAAAGAAAGAAAAGUUGGUGAAGGUACAUAUGCUGUAGUAUAUUUAGGUAAACAAAUUCAAACAAAAAGAUCAAUAGCAAUAAAAGAAAUUAAAACAGGAUUAUUUAAAGAUGGAUUAGAUAUGUCAGCAAUAAGAGAAGUUAAAUAUUUACAAGAAUUAAAACAUCAAAAUAUUAUUGAAUUAAUUGAUGUUUUUGCAUCAUCAAAUAAUAACCUUAAUUUAGUAUUAGAAUUUUUACCAACUGAUUUAGAAGUUUUAAUUAAAGAUAAAUCUAUUGUUUUUAAAAGUUCAGAUAUAAAAUCUUGGAUAUUAAUGACUUUAAGAGGUAUUCAUCAUUGUCAUAGAAAUUUUAUAUUACAUAGAGAUUUAAAACCAAAUAAUUUAUUAAUUUCACCCCAAGGAGUUUUAAAAAUUGCAGAUUUUGGUUUAGCAAGAAGUUUAGGUAACCCCAAUGAAGAAUUAAGUUCGAAUGUUGUAACAAGAUGGUAUAGAGCUCCAGAAUUAUUAUUUGGUGCAAAACAUUAUACUGAAUCAAUAGAUAUUUGGUCAAUUGGUAUAAUAUUUGCUGAAUUAAUGUUAAGAAUUCCCUAUUUACCAGGAAAAGAUGAUAUUGAUCAAUUAGAUGUAACAUUUAGAGCUUAUGGUACUCCAACAGAACAAAUUUGGCCAAAUGUUUCAAGUUUACCAUUAUAUAAUUCUUUACAUAUAUAUCCACCACCAUCAAGACAAGAAAUUAGAUCAAGAUUUAGUGCAGCUACAGAAAAAGCAAUAGAUUUCUUAAUUUUAUUAACUCAAUUAGAUCCAAGUAGAAGAUGUAAUUCUACUCAAGCUUUAUUACAUGAUUAUUUUACUGAAAGUCCGAAACCAACAAAACCUGAAUUUUUACCAAAAAAAUUAAAUUUAAAAAGGGAUAGUAAUAAAAUUGAUGAAAAUGAUGAUUAUAAAAUUAAUAGUGGGAAUAAUUCUGAUUCUUUAAAAAAGAGAAGACUACAUAGUUGA